AUGUCGCCGAAAUCGUCCCUGGUACGAUCUGGCGGCGGUCCUCUUCGCGCCGCGGCAUUGGCUCGCCAUGCUGCGGCAAAGAGGCAGGUCUGCGCGAUUUGCUCCAUGACCGGCGGCGCAGGGCCGGCCACUAUCCCCCGAAGGGCGAGAAACAACGCGCCGAUACGAUCGAGUUUGCCCGACCGACGACAGAACCUGUCCACAGCACCCGCAGCGAACGAUGUGCGCGCCGAGCUUGAGCAGGCGCUCGUCCAGCUGCAAAGCCAGUCGCCGCGGCUCUUCAACCUCUCCCGGCUGCAGCUGGCCCUUCAGGGCCUGCGCCAGGCACCCGGCGAGGAAGCUGUCCGAGUCGCCAUCCUGGGGCUCGCCAACGUGUCGAGCUCUGGUCAGACGGCCAAGCGCCUCUUGAGGGCGAUUCUGAGCGAUCCGCUCCAAGACCAGCAGGCGUGGGAGAAGCAGCUCGACAGCUACGACCUGACGAAACCUCUGGUCGUGAAAAUCAGCGCCGGUCCACACCUAGACGAAGCCAACAUCGACGUGGCCAAGGAGAAACCGAUUCAACGGCUACACAUUUCAUCGCCCGACUACGAUGCGCUGGGUCUGGAAUUCUUGCUGAUGGAUGUGGAAGCUUCUACACUCGCGGCCGAGCAGCCAUCCAUCAAGCAUUUGGAGGACAUCGCUCUGGUGCCAUCAGUCGCCACUCGAUCUGCAGACGGCCGCGUUUCGCAGACGCCAGCUCCAGUUCACAAAGCGCUGAUUGUGGCAGACGGCCUAAUGGGUGCGGUCGGUCUAGCAUCUCUGCCGGUGUCUGAGAGUGGCGGAGCCAUCACAGGGGCCGUCGACUUGAAAGGCCCUGCUGGAGAGGAACUGCACGCGCCGUUCCAAGUCAUCGACGUGGCCCAGGCCGAGGAUGGCGUUCGAUUGUUCCGCGAAGGACCCCAGAAUGCUAUGCAGUACGAGCGUCUCUGGUUUGCCAGCAAUGUACCAGCUCUAACAGCCUGGCUGAAAGCCGGCCUCCAGACGGAAGAUGCUGCCACGAAGCCAGCUGUCAAGCAACUUCUCGCAUCGCUCCUCGAUAACGCUCAAUCGGCCAUUCAGAUCGAAGAGUACAUCAUCGUCUCCCGGACACUCGCAUCCAAGACCCCCCUCGACGACGCCACCGGCCUGCACAGGGGCCUUGCCGAGUGGGCGCGACAAGCCCACAGCGAGCUCCAAGACGAGCUCGACCUUGCCUUUACGGGACGGCGCUGGCGCAAGCUCGGCUGGUGGAAGCUCUUUUGGCGCGUCGACGAUGUGGGCAUGCUCACCAGUGACAUCCUGAGCCAGCGCUUCCUCCCCACCGCCGAGCGCGAGCUCGUCUACCUAACCGGCCGCAUCGCCGAGCUGCGCGGUGCGCCUCCGCAGUACCCGCAACCCGUCUCGGAACUACCAGAGUCGCCGGCAGCAGCUGCCAUUGUCGGGCCCGCCAAGACGGCGCUGCCCAAGUGGCCAGGCCACAUUGCCUUUACCCGCCGCUACCUGCGGGACGAGACGGUGCCUGCGCUGCAGUCUACCGCGCAGCGUCUGCUGGUGCAGUCCCUCGGCACCUCGUCCGUGGCCACGACGCUCGCGGGACUGCUGUACCUGUCCUCGUUCACCGCGGGCAUCUACGAGGCUGGCGCCGUCGCGGCGCUGGGUAUCGUCUAUAGCCUGGGCCGUCUGCAGAAGAAGUGGGAAACGGCCCGCCGGUUCUGGGAGGGCGAUGUGCGCGAAGAGGGCCGCAAGGCGGUGCGCGCUGUGGAGGAGAGUGUGUCCCAAGCUCUGGUGGCGCAAGAAGCUGUCUCCCCGGCGCAGGCAGAAGAGCUGCAAAGGUCCAAGGAGCUUGUGUCCGAGGCCGAAGAGCUUCUGUCCCGUCUAAAGUGA